CUAUGAUCAUAUAUAUAUUUUUAACCAAUGAACUGUUCUUGCAUGCUACCCAAAGUUACAUCCUGAGAGGGUAUAAAACGUUUGCUGUGGCAGGGCAGAAGACCAGUUGUCUACUACCAGGCUUGACAAGUUUAAUAUUGAGCUGUACAAGUUUACCUGGUUGUCAUAGAAAGACUGGGAUGAAGUGGCUGGUGGUCGGGGUGAUGGUGGUGGGCCUCUUCGGCGCUGCUCAUGGACGAGAUUAUAGUGAUGGACGGAUCGUGGCGGCGAGAACCACCAAGACUGCAUACAUCUUCACUACCACCACCACUACAACACCCUACACUUGUGCUGUUGCCAACAACCCGGUCGUGUGUCAGCGGCGGAGGCUCAAGAGAUAUUCUUCCAUGCCGGACCAAAUAAAUGAAUCAAACCACCCCAUGCUUGAAGGCUCGCUGGCGGAGGACUCGGAGAUGGAAGGGAAGAGAGAGAGGGAGAAACGCUUGUCCUUCACAUUGUGGGUGACAACCUCUUCCACUGUCACCAUCACAUCCACCUCUAUAAAUAGUCAAACCACAUUCUCCCUCUCCUUCUUCUGCACUGUGAGCAAUGCAUCUUUCCCACCUCGGUGCUAAUUUCUCAGGAACAUUUUCGUGGCAGGGCGGAGAGGAAUGUUCUUGUUGGCAUCAACACGAGAAUGCAGGGGGUUAGUGCCGCCUUGGUUAGGGCGUCCUUGGCCUCGUUGCUAAAUGCUGUCCUCACCACGAGUCCUGAAAAUGUAUUUUUAUGCUCCCACGAUGUUACUUGAGGAAAUGAAUUUGUAAAUAUUGCAGUGUUAUUACACGGGUCAGUUAUGUCAAUAAAGAUUACGUAUGUAUGCAUUA